AAUGAUCCUAUUAGUCCAUGUGUUUUCAUUCAACGAUCCGAAUCAGGAUUCGCCAUAAUUGCAGUAUAUGUUGAUGAUUUGAAUAUAAUCGGAACUCCUAAUGAAAUUGAAAAUACUGCAAAAUAUCUCAUGAAAGAAUUUGAAAUGAAAGACCUUGGGAGAACAAAAUUUUGUCUCGGCAUUCAAAUUGAACAUUUGAGAAAUGGUAUUUUCAUCCACCAAUCAAAUUAUACCGAGAAACUUUUGAAGCGAUUUUACAUGGAUAAAGCACAUCCGCUCAAUUCUCCAAUGGUGGUUCGAUCUCUCAAUGUGCAUGAUGAUCCUUUCCGACCUUGUGAAGAUGAUGAAGAAAUCCUUGGUCCCGAAAUACCAUAUUUGAGUGCUAUUGGAGCAUUAAUGUAUUUGGCUAAUAAUACUCGACCAGAUAUUGCUUUUUCUGUAAAUUUAUUAGCCAGGUACAGUUCUUCCCCAACAAGAAGGCAUUGGAAUGGUGUCAAACAUAUAUUCCGAUAUCUCAAUGGUACAAUCGAUCUUGGAUUGUAUUUCAAGAAUGGUGCAAAUGCCACUUUAAUUGGCUACGCGGAUGCAGGAUACUUGUCUGAUCCACAAAAGGCAAAAUCACAAACAGGAUAUUUAUUCACCUAUGGUGAUACCGCUAUAUCAUGGAGAUCAAUGAAGCAAACAUUAACUGCAACAUCAUCAAAUCAUGCAGAAUUAAUUGCUCUUUAUGAAGCAGGUCGUGAGUGUGUCUGGUUGAGAUCAAUGAUCCAGCACAUACAAAAUGAAUGCGGUAUGGAUUCGGGUAAUGAUGGUAAAGUUGGCCUCCUGCAGCAGUGUUCAUCGAGCGGCGGAGAGGAGGAAGAAGAUGAGUACUACGAUGCAGCGGCGGCAGGGGGUGCUGAUCAGCCGACAACCCCAAUCACGACGGCGACGACUUUCUCGAACACCAUUAACCAGCAGCAGCAACAAAACUUGCUUUUGGUCUCGCCUUCAUCAUCAUCCUCCACUUCCCUACAGCAGCUCCAGGGCCAGUUUCUGGCCCAGUCACCGCCGGCUCUGUCUCUGUUCGAUCCCCAAGAUGACGGCGACGAUGAAGAUGAUGGCAAUAACUUUCCCCAAUCUCUCAAUUCCCACUUUCAUAAUCAUCAUAACAAUGACGCCGUGGGUGGUGGUGGUCUUGUUUGGCCGCCGCCGCCUUUGGGGUUGUUAAGAUCCGAUCAAUCGCCUCCUCUGUUGUUUGGUGGGGCGUCACAUCAUCAUCAGCACCAAGUGCUUGCUGAGAUGGCCAACAAUAAUCACAAUCAGAAUUUUGUCGCUCUGGGUCGUGGCGGGCCCGGUGAUUUAUCAUCUCCGCCGCAGCCGCAGCCGGCGGCGAAGAAGAGCAAUCCAAAGAAACGGAGCAGGGCUUCCAGGAGAGCGCCGACUACCGUACUCACUACGGACACCUCCAAUUUCCGGCAGAUGGUUCAGGAGUUCACAGGCAUACCCGCCGGGCCGUUCUCCGGCAGCGCCGGCGGGCUUUACUCUCGUCGCUUGGAUCUGUUUUCCGGCACGGCGAGGUUGUCGGCGUCGAUGACGACACCGGGAGGCAGAGCAAGGAGAGAAGAAGGAAUAUCUCCCACCAACAACCCUUUGAUGCGGCGGCCCUCGUUAUCCCAACAGCAGAAUGUAGGAGUCGAUAUGACGGCGGCGGCGUUCAUGCGACGGAAGCGACCUUCUCCUUCCAACACAAAUCUUGACGACGACGACGACGAGCUCAGGCCACCUCUGGGGCGGGAAAUUAAUGCGGGGGAAGAAGACCAAAUUGUACUGGCAUUCCAGCAGCCGCCCUUCUCUUACCGUAAUCAAUCUCCUUCUGGUCUGCUCAAUAAAAACCCAGCAGCCGGGAGCGGAGAUCAGAACGACGAUGAACGGGUUUUCGGGUCGAUAUCAUCUCCUCCGGCGGCCGGAGACUAGGAUUAUUUUUUAGAGUUUUUAUGUUUCCGGUCAGCACAGAUACAUGAUGGCCCACUGGCCCGGUGAUCGUGCGAUUAAAGUGCCACGUACUCUAUGCUGCUGCAGUGGUUUUGAUUUGACGUGUCGCCUUCAUUAACGAUUAGGCUUUAAUACGUGUUUAGUCCCUCCAAAUAUUACAAUCUUUGUUUAUCUUUUUUAUCCCUCUAAUAUCCACUAUUUUGAUUUUAGUCCCUCUAUAUUCCAAAACCUCUUUACUUUAGAAAAAAUUAUUGUGAG